CAGUCGCUCGAUCAAAAGUCGUUCCCGGCCUCAUACCCCCCUUCUACCAGAGGUUAUCAUCAUAACUAAUUGUUCUUGUACCAUGUUUUAGCUUUUCUUGUACCAUGUUUUAGUUUUUGUGAUUUUCUAUUCCAAUAUUCCUAUAUUUUUAAACUACCGUCAACUCUCAAGGGAAAGGAUGGGUUUUCGUGGAAUAAUCUCUUUUUUAUCUUUUUUAGCUGCCGUCCAUGGAGAUUACAUAAACUUGGGCUGUGACCCGGGCUGGACAGAUCUAGGCAAUGGUUACUGUUACCAGCCAGUGACGUCAAAGGCCGUCUCCAGGAAGAAUGCCAAUUACGACUGUGGGACGACCUUCAGCAGCCUCGUUACUGUCAACAAUGCCGGAGAAAUGGCCGUUUUAAAUAAGUUAGUUGCUGGCUACCAGUCUGAUGGCUUUUGGACCAGUCUGACGGAUCUACGGUUCGACGGGACUCUAGCAUCCUCCGGCACCUGGACCUGGGAUGGACAGCAAGCAUUGGGCAACACCACCAUUUCCUGGGAGAGUUAUCCAACCAACAAUCCAAAAGACACAUGCGGAGCCAUCAACAUCCAAGCAAAAAUGACCAACUGGCAGUGCACAAGAAAGAUGGGAUUUAUCUGUGAACUGGACCAAACACAAGAUACCGGAUGUCCGUUCGGGUGGAUGAUCACGGACAACUCUUGUUACUAUUUUAGUAACUUCACCGACCCCACUCAGAUUCUAACUUGGAAUGAUGCCAAGCAGUGGUGCGCCAACAAAAAGUUUCCGGCUGGUGCCGCUAAGCUUGUGACCUUAGACAACCCCAAUGAUGGACAAUACAUUCUGGGAGAAAUGCCUGUCGUUGGAGCCACGGACCGCUUUUUCUGGACUGGACUUACCAAACAGACCACUGGAUGGGGCUGGCUCAAUCAAGAUACAUACUUAUCACAAUAUGUGAAUUGGGCCAAGGAACCCGAUCACGUGAACAAUAAUGAGGACUGUGCAAUUCUAAAAACAGACGGGAAGUUCUCAGAUCAAGACUGCAACAAGCCGUUCAACUACAUUUGUUACAAAGAAUCAAAGUCUGUUCACACUGAGUACUACAUGGGUUGCGGUGGGUGGACGAGAGCCAACAACAAAUGUUACAUGUUCUACGACGGUCCGGCGUCAACGUACACGGGGGCCAGAUCAACAUGUAUGCAACUAGGGGGAGACCUUAUCAAAAUAGAUACAAUGGACGAUAGGUAUUGGUUGGAGCAGCAGAUGAUAAUGAAUGGGCAUAACAACAUGUAUUACACGGGCCUGAAUGACAUCGCCAAUGAGGGAGAUUACCGAUGGGCCGACGGCACACCAUACAAUAUAUCAAUGAUUAAUUGGAACCAGGAACCAAAUUCAUGGGGAGGGAACGAGGAUUGUGCAGCCCUUUUACAACAAUACACUUGGAAUGAUGAAGAUUGCACACUAUCGUUCCAAUACAUCUGCGAAUAUCCAAAUCUAAAUCAAGGCGAUUGUCCCCAAGGUUGGAUGCAAAGAGACGAUAACUACGAAUGCUACUAUUUUGCCAGUCCCAACGAUACCCGGAACUGGUUCGAGGCGCAGACUCAUUGCUACUCUAUGACGGUUGAUAUCAAUCAGCCAGCCAAACUUAUUGCAAUUAACGACCAGGAGGAAAUGCAAUGGAUUCAACAAGUUUUGCCAACAAUACCCUUGUCCACAGGACGAGCACAAUUCUGGACGGGGCUUAAUGAUCGAAAUGUUGAAGGUGUCUGGACGUAUCCUGACAAGACGGACAACCCUCCAAAUAGCAUAGUCAUAAACUGGACUGGAGAGCCAAUGGACCCUGAUGGCACUAAAGAUUGCACGUGGUUAGGAUUUGGAGGAAGAUAUCUAACCACCAGCUGUAACAGAAAGAUGGGCUUUAUUUGCUCAAAGUAUGCACAAGGUUUCGGUAGCGGUGCAGAGUUCAUUCGUCCCUCGAUUACCCUGUUGUUUAGCUUGAUAACGUCACUUUUGUUUCUACGUCGAUGAUGUGUUAUUUCCCCAAGAACUAAGGAGAAAGCAUUGUUAAGCACUAUUUUAAAUUUUACACGUUUUAUACCACUUAAUGUAUAAAACCAUAUAAUAUUGUAUACAAAAUGUAACGUUCUCUCAGUGGCACGCUUUAAAUCAAAAGCUGAGAAAAAUAUUUCAUUAAAUCUAUGGAUUGUUUCUUGUGUGAUACUAUAGCAUUACUUUAGAUAUUGUCAAAGUUCAUUUUAAGAUAUAUAUUGUUAUAGGUUUUAAAUUACAUUGAAAUAACCAAUGUAUCUAUUAUAAACAAUCCAUUUCAACUUCUGUUGUGCUCAUUCGUUAUAAUUCUAGUGACACAAAGUCUAUAGUCAUUUCAUUUUACCACAUAUAAUAUGAAUGUUCAAAAUGAUCAAAGAUCGACUAAUUAUGGAAAUAAACUGAUAAAAUUAGAAGAA